AUGCCAUGCUAUGCUGAUACGAUUGUGAGGAUUAAAUAUGUUAGUUUUCAUGAGAAUAAAAAGAUAAAUUCAUUGGUGGUUUGGGCUCUUGGUGCUUAUCCUGAAAGAGAUUAUAAGACACAAGCGGUUUGUGAAAAGGAUAAUUUUUUCUGUGUAGGAGGUAAGAUUGUCUCUGGGUUUUAUGGCAGUAAUAAAAGAGCAAAGAUGAUAGUUUUAAUUUCUAUGCAUUUGGCUAUUUUUAAUAAGGUCUCUGAAUCCAAUAAAUGUCCUUUAAAGGUUUUUCUUGUUGGAAUUCCUCAAGAAAAGCCAAACGAAGUUAAAGAUGAUGCGAUUUUUAAAAUAUUAGAAUCUUUGGUUUUUGUAGUUGGGCAACUAGAAAUAAUUGAAAAUGAAUUUUAUGUAUAUGCCAAGGCUAUUAAUUACAUUAAUAUGCGAUUUAGUAGUAAGAAAAGAUAUCUUGAUGGAGAUGUGUCUCAUGAUUCUGUGGCAUGUAAAAGUUCGAUUCGUUCUAAGUUAUUAGUUACUUAUCAGAAUAUCGUUGGAGAUUCUGAAGAAAAGACUGAUGAUUUCAAUGGGUCUUUUGACGAUGGUUUUGUGGAUAUUGAUAAUAAUUAUUUUAGUGAAGGUGAUAAUGUUUUAUCUGACUAUAAUCAAGAUGAAGUGGAGAAAUCUAGUAAAGAUAGUGUGGAUAAAAAUAGAGGUUCUCGUAAUAAAGGAAAAGGACCUGUAAGAAGAUCUUUACAUAGUAAUUUGAGCUUAUAUGGUUCUGGUUAUGGAAAAGUUUAA